CAUUCUGUUUUCUAAUGAAUAACAACUUGUGGUAAACAAUAACUCAAGGUUGAAGGUUUGGUGAUAAGUUAAACAUUUGACUAAUCCGUUAUCAUAAGUUUAACAGCUGUAAAAUCUUAAAGAAGGAUAUCGGUCUAUUGAAAGUUUUAGAAACUGGAAAUGAAAGAUUAUUGGAACAAAGAACUAUCAAGAUGUUAAGGCAAUUAUAUGUUGUUCUAUGCUGUCUCUCGACCGCCUCUGGGACAUAUGUGGCAUAUCUUCCAAAUUCUCUGAUACCUGGUAUUCCGUUGAAAUUUCGAGUUCUGGUUCAAAACUCUGGAGGUCCAGUUUCAGUUUGCGCCGGUUUAAAAUUUGCCAACAACGACUCAGUUGUUGCAGAAAAAUCUAUCUCUAUGAACAGCGGAAUGUAUUCGAGUAUAUCUAUUAACGUUCCAAGUACAUUGCUUCCCUCAAAUUAUCGAGCAUUUAUAACGGGAUCUGGUGCAUUGGUCUUCACAAAUAGUUCAAGUAUUCACUAUAACGACAGGAGCUUGAUGGUAUUUAUACAGACAGAUAAAGUUCGUUAUUCUGCAGGUCAAACAGUGAGAUAUCGGGCAGUGUUUCUUCUUCCUAAUCUUAUGGGCUUUCAGGGAGAAGCCACCGUCAUAAUUCAGGAUGGACAGGACCAUAAAAUCGAGACAAGAGGGCCACAUUUGAUUAAAAAUGGGGUUAUUUCUGGAGAAAUAGAGCUCAGCAAAUACCCCGUGUUUGGGAACUGGACAAUAGGCAUUGAUGUUAUGGGGAGAACGCACACCAAAUAUUUUGAAGUCAAUGAAUAUGUCAAGCAAAGAUUUACCGUUGAGUUGUCAAUACCUCCUACAAUAAAUACAACACAAGAGAUUUUCGUAAUAGGUGUCAUGGCAAGUUUUACAUUCAAAGCAGAUGUAAAUGGAAAAUGCACUAUUCAACUGUAUAAUGAAGGGAAGACUUCGAGGAAGUUUCAGCUCUCAAAUAAUAUAAAAGGUUCAGCAGAGUUUAUCAUCCAAAUGGCGAAGCUUACCUUGGAAUUAGAUAUAAACAAAAAUAUAAAUGUCCGAGGUAUGGUUACCGAUAAUGCUACAGCACUGACAAUGGUGGCUGAACGAAGAUUGAAGAUAGCUUCAAAUAAACCACACCCAAUCACUAUAACAAAAAUUAAUGCUUAUGAAAAUACCUAUAUACCUGGAAUUACUUAUCGUACGAAGAUCUUUGUGGGAAGAAAUGGUAAAUCACUAGGAAGAAGCGGCCAGCUGGAAGUGAAUCCAGAUGUUGUAACGGCAAUAUUGCUAGAUUGUGAUAACCACACUGAAGGAAUUUUAGACACAAUUCGCAGAAAGCCAUUUAUAAUCCAUUUUAACGAGUCUGGAUACUCUGACCUUGCAUAUUUGGAUAACACUAAAAAUGUACAGGAAAUAUCAUUUUAUAUCACAUUACAAGACGCAAUUAUUCAGCGUACUAUUGCUCAUAAAACAUUUGUCAUUUAUCCUAUUUCGGAUCAUACACCUUUUCUACGGAUGAAUGUUAACAAGUUCAGGGCAAAGGUCGGAGAAAGGAUUGUUAUUGACGUAUCGGCAACGGAAAACCUAAACGGAGCGUUGACAUUUGAAGUGUAUGCAAGGGGAAUGCAUCUUAUAUCAGAACGGGUAGCCAUAAACGAUGCUAUGACAACGACACAUUAUAUGCCAGUAACGAAGGAUAUGAUUCCAAAUGCGUUUAUUACAGUUAAUCAUUUGACACAAAUUGGUCAGCUUAUCGCUGACUAUGUAUAUAUACAGGUUGAAGGAAAUCCAUUCGAAAAUAAGGUAGAACUAUCAUUCAAUGACUCACAACCACAGCCUGGAGAGACGGUAAACAUGCACGUAUCUGCCGAUCCACUCUCAACUAUUUAUGUCUUAGCAGGGGAUCUUAGGAACCAUGUCUUUGGUGUUGAUAACGACAUAUAUUGGAAAGACGUUGUACAAGAGAUUGUGGAUGCAGGUCAAAGUUUAAUGCAAAAUAUUGGAAAUCAUGGAAACAGAAAAAAGCGCGCAUACCAUAUUAGACAAUUGCCUAAGCGGUCAAUUGGGGAUCCUGGAAACUUACAAGACACAUAUAUUGAAAGCGGAUUGAUAGUUCUUUCGGAUGCAACUGUUUUCGGGAAAGAGCAAAACUUACUUACUAUAAAAGGGAGAAAAGAAGAAUGUUAUAAGACACCCGUAUCCUCUUUAAUCAAAGUCGUGUGUGAAAGCUGUCCAAAACGAAAUGUAUUUGAAGCUUUAAGUGUUCUUCCAAAAGAUGAUAGAGAAAGCGACCCUGGGUCGUCCCUAGAGGAAAUUGUAAGAACGAGGUUUCCUGAUACCUGGCUAUGGGACGAAUAUGAUAUUGGUAUGAACGGAGCAAUUGAUAUUGCUCAUAAAAUUCCUGAUUCAAUGACGCUAUGGGUAACCUCGGUAUUUGCCGUUAACCCAGGAACAGGUUUUGGGAUUGCCGAAACAAAACCAAAGAUGAUAGUGAAGAAAAAGUUUUUUCUCACAAUGGAUCUUCCGCCGUCAAUUGUUCAUGGCGAAGAAUUUCUCCUCCAAAUAUCAGUCUUCAAUAACUACCCUAUAAAUAAAUUGGUUUUUCUGCGGAUAACGCUGUCUGAAAACCCGGACAAUCCUUUACCAGCUUCUACCGAAGUAAAGGGAAAUGAUGGUCAGUCAACGUUCAUCCGUAUCCAGCCCGAAAAAAUUGGAGAAUUGAAUAUAACAGUUACAGCCUAUAUCAUGGGUUCUUUCGUCUUUACCAUACCAGAUCAAAUAAGGAAAAGCGUAACAGUACGGCCAAAUGGUGUAUUCAAAACAACCAAUGAGCAACAUCUUAUUGAUGUUACGCCAGAGUCAAGUCAAGUUAUAAAACAUAUCGAGAUAGUUCAUCCAGAUGAUAUGGUUGAUAACUCUAGAUUUACUAAAGUCAUCAUUACCGGAAAUUUCAUGGUACCUGUUAUAACUGGUUUAGACAAUUUAAUACAAAUGCCUCAUGAUUGUGGUGAACAAGCUAUGAUGAGAUUUGCCCCAGCAAUAUUCAUCCACGAUUAUCUAACUACUGUUGGAAAAUUGACACCAGAGAUAAAAAUGAAAUCAAUGAAAAUUCUGAAGACAG